AUGACGCUGCUGAGAUUGGUGUGCCUUGUACUGUCCUGUGUCUUCUUGGCUAUUGCACAGGAGGUGUCCGUCACAUGUAGGGAGCUCGUGAGUGUUGCAGAACUGUACCGAACGCUGCGGUCUAGAGCAAUCGAGACGGCUGCCCAGUCGCAGGAAAGCGAGCCUGCUCUAGAGUAUGGCCAGUACCACAGGGUUAUAAUCACCGCCCUGAACCACACAUGCCACCAUGAUCAGCAGGCCGCAGUCUGCAGCUGCCCUGCCCGUCACGAGCUCAACUUUGACCCCAACCGGAUACCCAAAGUUUUGGCUCAGACUAGAUGUUGUGGAGACAAGCAAGAAAGUUUCCCUCACUGGAUCACAAAGUGCACUGAAGUCUACGAGAAUGUUCCAGUGCUUAGAAAGGCUGGGUGCAGUGAAGGUGUUUCCCGCUACAGGCUACAGUGGGAGCGAGUUCCUGUUGGUUGUUCCUGCCAAGUGAUGCCCAGCGUAUUUUCAGCACAGUAG